AUGACAGCAACAAAUUGCUACAACGAGUUCCCAGUUAAUUCAACAAAUUAUUCACAAAACUUCUACGAUACAUAUCACAAUCCUUAUUAUAAUAACGGCACUUUUUCAUCGAGUCCAUCUUCAUACUAUCACCAACAACAAGCAUACAAUGUCUGGAAUUCCAUUUCCAACGAAUCUGGUCAAGGGGUCCAAACGAAAUAUGAAGCCCUUCCAUGUAGUAGUAAUUUUGUUGCAGGCGCUUGUUACAAUUACGAUGGCUAUGGACGACAAGUUGCAAUGAAUACUCAGACCGAAGUUAGCCAAACGCCUGAAAUAUCAAUUGCAAAAAAACGAAAAGCCUUGGAAUUAGAAGAAGAUAGCACAACCACGACCACGAAAAUCAACAAAGAGCCCUCUAGUCAGUUACGAGCUCUCCUUACAAAUAAGAAACUCAAGUACAGUCCCGAUUAUGAUGCCGAUUCAGUCAAUAGCUUGGGCACCGAAACCAAAAGUUGUCUAUCUGAGCCUAGUACCCUGGCGUGUCAAGAACAGGCUUUCCUGUUAGCCAAUACGCCUACGACUCCGCAAAAUAUUUCCUCACCCAAUCGCAGUGAGGGGGAUUACUUGGAUGUGAAAACACCCUCAUAUUUAAAUGUGACUCGGAACAAGAAUCACAAACAUGACGCGAUUACAGCGAAUGAAAUUGAGACGAUAGUUCCUUCGCCGGCUGUGGUCGCUGGCAUUAAUACACCACCUUUGUCACCACCUGAGAAAAAUGACAGUCAUCAUGUCAAUCAUAAAUUGAUUCAAACGCAAUGCUUAGAAAAAAAACAACAAAAACAACAACAGCAAACACAACAUGGAAUCACUCUUCAAGCACAGACGAAUACCAAUUACAAUUGGUUGAAAUGCGAAGACCGUCAUCUAACAUCAGAAACCAAAGAUUCCAAACGCACACGCCAAACGUACACUCGCUAUCAAACAUUAGAGCUGGAAAAGGAAUUUCAUUUUAAUCGUUAUAUACCGCGUCGCCGUCGCAUCGAUAUCGCAAAUGCCUUGGGCUUAUCGGACCGUCAGAUAAAAAUAUGGUUUCAAAAUCGCCGCAUGAAAUGCAAAAAAGAUGGCUCUUUACUCCAAGCCCCGCCUGAAAUCCAUCAAGGUCUGCUACCUUACUCAACGGUACCGACGAAAAUUGAUGGACCUAUAGCUCAGGCAUCUUUUAUGCCACAGCAACAAGCUAAUCCCCAUCAUGAGACAUUUCCCGCAUAUAUGCCGCCUGCUACUCAAAACUUUCCCACGUAUCAACAUCAGCCCAAUGAAACGUUUAGUCAACAGUACGAAAAUACACCGCAAGCGUAUCAUCAACAUCAUCAUCCGCAUUAUUUACCGCCUUCUCAGCACUACCAGUCAAAUUUACAAUUUGAGCAAACGUCACCUGAACACCAGUCAAUGAUUAUGCCAGCAGGAUCCAACCAAUUAUAUCAGUUGCCUUGUAACCAAAGCUAA